CCAAUUGGGAGAUUGCUUGAGAAACUUCGCUACGAAUGUAAUAGGGUCUCUAUGUGAUGUUAACCCCAAAUACCAUAUAACCUGUAAAAAAAGCUGUGUUUUUAUUAAUUAUUUUUAAUUGACUUUACACUGGAACUUAGAUUAAAUUAAUCUGUCUGUCACCCCCAAUGGUGUUCAAUAAUAUGUAUAUAUUUGUACUACAGGAAUGAUUCGUGUGUAUAUAAAAUCAUGACUCGUAAAUGUGCAUUGUGUAAAGAAAGCAAUUAUAAAAGGAACAAUUAUAGUUUCUUCUCAGCUCCUAAAGAUGCAGAAACACGCAGGAAAUGGCAAAAUGCUCUUGCCAUUAAAAAUUAUACUGUCACAGAUGAUACAUAUGUAUGUAGCAGACAUUUUCACAAGAAUGAUAUUAUUACACAUUGGAUCAGUGGAGUACCCCCGCAAGUAAUAAAGAUUAAGUACAAGAAAUGUCGAUUGCGUCCAGGAGCUGUACCAAGUAGAAAUUUCCACUCGGUUAGUAACUUACAGUCAACAGAUAAAGAUAACUUAAAUCAACAUGAAGUAGAUAUUAAGAAUUUGACAUCUAAAAAGGAACAAGCAUCGGAAGAGAAUAAAAUCUUUUUGAUACCUAGAAGAAAGAAAAGUCUGAGUGACAAUGAAGAUGCAGAAAAUGAAAAUACUGAUGUGCAUUAUCACACUUACUCUAAAUCACAAAGCUAUGUGUAUAACUCGGAAGAAAAUGAUGAUUUGUAUAUCCAAUUAUCGAAAAAUAUGGAUAAGGAAGACAAUGUUUCUAUGCAUGACUCAAAAUUAAAAAAAUUAAAACCUGAUAUAAAAGAAUCAGUUAAAACAUUUAAACGCGAUAACAGUUUAAAUAUAGAUUUCGUAGAAGUAACGACUGAAUCUGUGAAUGUAGAUAAAAAAAGGAAUCAGAUAUCUAACAAAUUAAGUGCAACUCAUGCAAAAAGGUUUAAUAAAACGACGGAAUGUAGUAUCGAAAGGUAUGAUUCUUCUGAAGAAGAUGGGAUAUCGGUGGAAACUUCGAAGUACGAUAUCGAUUCCGCCCAUUCUUUUUCAAAAGAAACACCUAUAGAGAAUAAUUUAAGAAUGCCUAAUGAUUUAUACAUAGAUAAUCGAGAAUUAGCUACUUUGGAUUAUGAUUGUUUAGAUAUGAAGGAUAAAGAAACAUUUGAUACAGUCAGUGAAAAUGAGAUAUUGUUUGAAGAUUUUCUUGAAGUAUGCACAGAAGUAUCUUUACCACGUGGUUGGUCCUGCUUGGUAACAUCGAAAGGACAUGGUACCACAGUUGUAUAUCUUUGUAUGGGAAUAACAAAGGACGGAUUACCUUUUGUGGAGAAACAAGUUUUUAUAAGAAGCGAUAUGGUGUUACAUUGUGCUGCAGCUAAUAGAGAAAUUGAUCUGCUUAUGCACAAUCUCGUGAAAGAAAGGAAACAUAGCAAAAUGAGAAACUUAUUGGAUAUAGAAAUAUUUAUCGAUGAAUUUGAUCAACGAAUUAUUUGCCAAGGCUUAAACGAUCUUAGAGACUUUGAAAAUGUUGAUAUAAUCGAAAUUGCAUAUAAGGAUGGAAUCAGAUGGAGACACAUCUCUUGUCCAUUGAUUGUAAAUAACAACUCGUCCAGAUGUACAAAAUGUACUACAUUAUCACAUUUACUAAAUAAAUCUUAAAGUUUUUAUGUAGAGAGGAUCUCGGGAUAAAAUAUAAGAUCAGAAUUUCUAGGUAGUAAUUAAAAUAGAAUAAAAAUUGAGGGAAGAUUCCAAAAUAAUAGGGCAGUUUAGUGAUAAUUCUCCCGAAUAGCGAAUUUCUAUUAUACCCUUAAAUUUUCGUUCUUUCGAUUAUUAUACUCAUUAAUUGAAAGAGUAAUGUUCAAUAUUUUAAUAUGCUAGUCUAAUAUAAUUUUCAGAACUUAAAUCAAAUACAUAAGCAUAUGCAGGAAUUCUAUUCCAGCUAUUUUAAUAAUAUAGAACAAAUAUCUGAUUAAUUUUUCCUCAAUGAAAAUAUUAUAUCACUAGUAACAAUUUUAUCAUAUUUUGAUAUCAAAACUUUACAGAACAAAUUAAAUUCUGCUAAUAUGUAUGAUUUCCCUUCACUAUUUACAUACAAUCAAGUGAGAAAUAAAGUAUAAAAUUUUGGUGUCUUUUUAAUUUAAUAAAGUUUAAUUCGCAAAGAAAGUGUCCCUUUACUUUUACUGCUUAUAAAUUAAAUACAGAGUGAGUCUGAUAAAAAUUUCACCACAUUUUUUUCGACAACAAUUAGGUCAACUUUUUAUCAGACUCAUCCUAUAUAAUAACGUCUAUAUAUUGACGUCUAUUAGUAUUUUUGUUUUUAAUUUAAUUAAGAAAAAUUUGCCAAUAAGGAUUUAUUUUAAAAGUGGAAUAUCCUGUAUAUACUUGUAUAACAGACACAUCAUACAUACUUUCAAUACAUUGAUAUUUUUCUAUAGAUAGUAUAUAUUGUAUGUUUGUACUAUGUAUUUGUGUGCAUAUGCACAUGUAUGUACAUGGAACAAUAUUAAUCACAAGGAUUUAUUUUAUUAUGAAUAAUCACACUUCUUUCAAUAUAUACGAAAUAAAUUAUUAUAAUUAAAAGAUUAUGUAAAAUAA